AAUCUUUUAUAGCCUACUCCAAGUAUUAGAAAGUGAUUGGAUAGGCUAGAAAGUCUUCCUGGCCGAACUUUACACUAAAGCUUUCAUUUCACCUGGAAGUGAUAGAGGAACAGUGGACUAACAAAAUAAAGACAUAGGGAGGGUGAGAGGAGACAGAUCUAGACAAACAAGCCUAGCCUGAACACUCUGAACUGAAGCAGCAACAACGCAGUUCUUCACCUUUGUGGCAACGCCCAUCAAAGUUUCUUAUUUUACUCUCAUAAAAAAUCUAUCUGAAGAUCUAUUGCGUUUACUGCCUCUCAGAGGAAUGCAGUCACUGGAAUGUACUGUAGCCUAUUAACACACUUCCACUAGGUUUCUGUGCUCUUCAUAUCCUGAAACUCAGACGAGAGAGAGAGAGAGAGGAAGUCCAGGUUUUCUUCAAGUUAAACAGAUCAACUCGUUUUUCUUGUUCUUGCAUUUCUCUAUUAGGUGUAUACAGAAUAUGUGACAGAAGAAGGUGUACACAUCAAACACACGAUGGCUGCUCCUCAAGUUAUUCCCAGGAGAUUGUCAAAGUCGAUCAAAGCACCUCCAAAUGACGCAGCUUCUAACCCCAAUCCCACAGUAAAUGGAGGAGUGAAAACGGAUAUACAUCUGAUUCACGCACAGAGAGAAGUUGAGUUGGUGAAUCACUGUUUUGCUGAUGUGGAGCGUUUCAUGGGCCGUCUGCAGAUGACAGCAGUGGCUAAGAAUGAUCUGGAGCAACGGAGCAUGAAAAAGAGUCGCAAAAAGAACAGCAAGAAGAAUAAAAAGCAGGAUGAUGUCCUUCUCGCGCAAACAGCGACACCGCCAUCAGAACAGGAGUUUGUGGAUAUUUUUCAGAAGAUUAAAUAUUCUUUCUGUCUAUUGGACCGCCUAAAGACGAAAAUCUCAGAGCCAAACUCAGAAGAACUCUUGCACCACGUCUUCAUCCCUUUGCACUUGAUGGUGAAGACCACAGGUGCUCCUAUGGCAGCAACGGUCUCCAGCCCUGCUCUGACCAGUGGAGCGAUCUCUCUACUACAGCAGAAUCUAAAUGAGCAAGAGAAACAACUGUGGAUGUCACUCGGGCCAAACUGGACCCUGCCAUUCUCUCAACUCAGUGAGACUGUGUCUCCAUACAAACCUGGCUUUCUGGAUGGUUGGCAGCCUAUGGCCAUAGACGCGCAUGGACAACCAAUUGAGGACCCCAUAGAGUCCCAGCACAAACAUGAAGCUCUUAUACAGUCUCAGCAGGUACUUAAUCAGGCACGUCUAACUGUACACCAGGAACAUGAUGGGAUGGAAGACUCUCUGCCUCCUAAUGAAGAAAGGAUGUAUCGCUGCAGUUAUGACUUUGUGGCACGAAACAGUAGUGAACUCUCAGUCUUGCAGGGAGAUACUCUGGAGGUGCUAGAGUCAUCAAAGCGAUGGUGGAAAUGUAAGAAUGAUUACGGUCAGAUAGGCUUUGUUCCACACAAUAUCCUUGAGCCGAUCAAUCACGCAGAAGUUGACACUUCCAACAUAGUAAUGCGCAACCAGUCCAUGAAAGCUCCCAUCUCUCCACCGAGAGCAAUGUCUUUUUAUGCUGCACCCCAUUCCUCAGGCGAAAAAGCAGUCCGCUCUGAUCCACGCCCUCAAAGUAUGCCACCAAUUGGUGGCGAAGGAGAGACAGCUAUGUUGAUGAAUGAUGAGCUCUUGCAGCGACUGGCCAAUGGUAGAGCAGCAUCAGUACGGCCAGUGGUAAUUAAUAAAGCGAAUGACACAACGGCACCGCUGGACUAUCACUCUCCCCCAGCUGAGGUUCAGGAGUGGCUGAAGGCCAAAGGCUUCAAAGAUUACGCUGUACGGAGUCUGGGUGUCUUAACGGGAGCUCAGCUCUUCUCACUGAAUAAGGAGGAGCUGCGCCACGUUUGUCCAGAUGAGGGCAUCAGAGUCUACAGCCAGAUCAUGGUGCAGAAAGCACUGCUGGAGGAUGUGCGGAAGGCCACUGAGUUGGAGGCCAUAAUGAAGAAACAGAAGAUGAAAGUUGAUCUGAAAGCAGAGGAUGGGGAAUUUUAAUGGAUAUCACUUUCACUCAUACAUACAGACAAACAUUCAUACCAAUGCUUUAACAGACAAAUGUGGCAUGAAUCAAGAUCUAGGCAAUUUAACCAUAAUGAUCUCUGUUGCUUUUAUGUUAUAUAUUAUUUCACCAUUACCACUUAUAUAAAUUCAACCCCAUAUAUUCCUUUAAAUAUUGUAUUUUAAUGAUAAAUAAAAU